AACAGGGCCUGGGAUACGGGCUCUUUCAGCUUCCUCCAUCUCUUCUGCCACAGUUGACGACUUAACUGGAGGCCCGGCAUCUUUCUCGUUCCUCUUUGGCUUCUUCACCGGAGCCUGCAAGGUCCCACGCCGCUUCCUCUUGGUCGCCGCCAUCUUGCCCCAGCACCUCCGCUCAGGACUGUGCUUCCGGUUCGGCCUCUCUCCUCCCCGUUCUCUAUGGUAUCUCCGCCCGGUCCCGCGGUCCCGCUCCAGCUCUAUGGUGCCAGCUUCCGGUUUCGGGGUCCUUCACGCUCGACUCUCUAGGCGUCCUUCAUCUCUGUGGUUGCCGGGCCGGCUGUGGCGGGACGAUCCGAAAAGACCGGCGGGAGGCGCGCCUCUGUCUGGUUUCCCGCGAGCUGCAGUCCUAUUCGUCAAGGGACCCACCUGGGAAGGGCUCUGUGGCAUCCACACCCCACCACAACAGUGGUUUCCGUCCCCAGGGCUUCCCCUCUUGAGUACGGUGCCGCAGCGUCGUGCCUGGCUGGGCUGGUGAGUGGGGUGGCGGGACGCACGGGGUCUCUCCUGAGGUCGCCAGGCCGCGCGCCCCAGCCUGAUCUGUUGGUUGGCGACCCGGCAGCGGUGCAGACAGACUGGGCAAAUGGAGCCCUUCUGGCCUUCCGGACAGUACUUCUGCCCGAAGUAAUCGUUACCGUCCCCGUGGCGUAUUUUCAAGGUUUGCAGUUUUGCGCGGAUCCCUGAUACCAAAGACGGGAAGAAGGAAACGUGGAUCUGGUCGGCGCAGGUGUGCCGUGGUCGGCCGGGCGGCCCUCGGGAGCGAAUGUGCGGUAGACCAUGCCCUUCCUGACCCAGCGCGUCCAAGCCGAGACCGACCAGUACUGCUUCGUGGCCAGCCUCGACAACGUCAGGAAUUUCUCCACCAUUCUGAAAGCUAUUCAUUUCCGAGACCACGCCACGUGUUUCACUACUAAAAAUGGAAUCAAGGUUACAGUGGAAAACGCGAAGUGCGUGCAAGCCAAUGCUUUUAUCCAGGCUGAAGUAUUUCAGGAGUUUCUGGUUCAGGAAGAGACUGUUGUAUUUCGAGUUAAUUUAACUGUUCUUUUAGAUUGUUUAUCUAUUUUUGGAUCAAAUCCCAUGCCAGGGACUUUAACUGCACUUCGGAUGUGUUACCAAGGAUAUGGUCACCCUUUGAUGCUAUUUCUGGAAGAAGGAGGAGUGGUAACAGUGUGCAAAAUCAAUACUCAGGAGCCCGAGGAAACUUUGGAUUUUGGCUUCGGCAAUGCCAAUGUUACCAGUAAAAUCAUUCUGCUGUCGGAGGGGCUCCGCGAAGCAUUUUCUGAACUGGACAUGACGAGUGAGGUCCUACAGAUCACCAUAUCUCCUGAUAAGCCCUAUUUCAGGUUAUCUACUUUUGGAAAUGCAGGGAGCUCCCACCUUGACUAUCCCAAAGACUGUGAUUUGAUGGAAACAUUUCAGUGUAAUCAGACCCAGGUCAACAGGUAUAAGCUUUCCUUACUGAAGCCCUCUACAAAGGCACUGGUUUUAUCAUGUAAAGUAUCUAUCAGGACAGAUGACCGGGGAUUCCUCUCAUUACAGUAUUUGAUAAAAAAUGAAGAUGGACACACAUGUUUUGUGGACUAUUACUGUAGCCCAGAUGAAGAUGUUCCUGCAGCUGAGUCUCCAGUGUGAGAAUGGUGAUACUGAUGUGUGUGUGGAUAAUCGGUUGCGUUCGCAUGCUGAGAACAGUACUCGUCAUGCCAUGCUUUCCUGUUGUAUUGUCUACAGGGAAGAAAAGAAAGAGAAGAUGGAAGCAAAGUCUCCAUAACAGCUGCUUGUAUUUUAUAAAUAAAUGUUUUCAUGUAGUCAGAGAUUACCCAGCUAAUGGACUGGCCUGUGGUUCUGUCUUUUGAACUCAUGGCAGUCAUAUUGGGUCAAGAUGGGUAAAUCACAUGUUCUACUUACAUAGAACAUUUCAAAGACUAGCUUUAAAGUCUGAUGAUGCUAUAUCUGAAAUGAUCUUUUUUUUAGUGUUAGAAAAAGCAAAGGUGUAUGGAAAUGACCUGUUAGUUUGCAUUAUUGAUGAGUAUCUUAACGCACACUGGUUCACAAAGCAAUCUAAGCUUCUCAAGAAACUGAUGUGUACCAGAGUAUGGAAACUGUUGUUUUAGUAGUACUUAAUUGCAUUGAGGUGUUCAUUUUCUUUUUAGUUUUUGUGGUAUGGGGUAUUGAACCUACGGCCUCACUGAGCUACAUUCCCAUCAUUUGAGAUAGGGUCUUGCUAAGUUACUCAGACAGAUUAGAAGCAAUUUCAGAGUUAUAGGUUUUCUUUUCAGAGUUGUUCAGUACAGUAAAUACCUUCCAUUUACCCAUAACAGCUUCUUAAAGCCAACAUACAGAAAAUCAGUUAUAUGCUUUUAUACUCUUCGGAGUUUUCACUUGAAUAUUUUUGUGGAAUAUAAAUAUUCUUUGUAUCUGAUAAUAUAUGCUCAAAUUAUCUGACACGUUCUCUUAGAAGAAAAACUACAUGGCAGGAUGAAGUUUUUUUGUGACAACAGUGUAGUGUUCUGUCCGGGGCUAGCACUCUGGGCCCUGUGAGUAUGGCUGGGCUCUGCAUGGAGUAGACUGGUCAUACUGUGGAUUUGUUUAGCCUCGCAGGCCUUAGCCCAUUAAUGUCAUUCGCCGUGACCAUUUCUUUCCUCAAAAGUGGUCCAAGCUAUAGACCACUUGAGCACCAUCGAGUGAUACCAACAUUUGAUGGUACUUUUGGAAUACGCUACCUUGAAACAUCCCCCUGGGCCUUAGAGGAAGUUGGUUUGGAGAGCACUGUAGCAGGUGCCUCUUCUUGAGGAAUCGCUUCUCCUGAGCUGCUGUAGGCCCUGCCUUCCAGUCACAUGUGCAGCAGCUCUGGGUUGUAGCCCAGUGGCAAUCCCACAAUGCCCAGCUGCUUUGUAGGAAGUUAGAAUUCUGUGAAACUUUGUAGUGUAUGUUCAUGAAGGAAAUGGAUGAGUCUACUAACUGCUGUAAAUUAUUUUUUAUUUAAAUAC